GCAACGAGCGGCGGCGACGGCUUCAGUGCAGCGUCAUUUCGCUACAACAACGACGGCGACGACGAACCAGAAGUCAAUCGGUCGGAUUCCUUUGUUUGUAUACAUUUGUAGCGCUGCCGAUGGACGAGCAAGAACCGAACGGCGCGGGGGAGGAAAACGUGCAAAGCUACCGUCUUCGUCCAAGCCAUCCGUCCGUCCGUCCGUCCGUCUGUCGGUGACUGGUCUACUAAAAGCAAACUAUACUGUUGCGUUUCAGUACAGCUAGCUAGUAGACAUAGACAUGCGGUUUUACUACGAACAGACAGAGAGGAAACGAUACACAUGCCUUUUGGCGGCGUAGUGCAUGCAACGGACAAACAACACGCUGUUGGAGCGGGGCUGCUUUGAACAAUUUACCAGCAAUCGAGAAGUCAUUCGCUGGCGAACAGUGAAACAGUGAAAACCUUCUCGCGGAUUUCGGAAGAUAGUCGGAGUGCUUGUUUGGAAAACUGUCUUCGGGUGGAAAAGUUUCCUUGAAGCAAAGCAGGCAUUGAGAAUUUUCUUUGUUUCGUAACAACGCGUGUGAAAUUUUGGCAGGCUUUGGAGGAGUAUCUUAAUCUGAAUUUAAAAUUUUCUGCAAACGGUUGAUUGUGCAUCGAGUUAGCAGUAGAGGCGCUUAGUGAAAUAUUUAUCAAACUUUAGUGCGACUUAAAGUGUGACAAAAUAGUUCCGAUUUUUGGGGUCAGUGUUGAAUCAGGAAUAAACCGCAGCAAUCAUGAGGCCUCCAUCGCACUUUGGUAACGACAUUACCAACACCGCUUCCAAUGAUGGAAACAAUAACAACAACAAUGGCAACAACGGAAGUGGAGAUGACAAUAAUAAUAACAACAGUAACACAAUCGUGGCCCGCCUGACGGAGAUGGGAGCGACGAUGAUGUUUCCCAAGAUCGCCGGACGCGGAAUCAUACGGGUCGUGGAGCGGUGCGAUGACGCCAAGGAGAACAAUAAUUUAGAUCUCUCUGAGUGCGAACUGAUUCAGGUACCAGACGCAGUUUACCAUCUGAUGAGACACACCGAACUGAAAUCCUGUGAUCUUAGCAGUAACGUCAUCACGAAAAUUUCCCCCAAAUUUGCAGUGAAGUUCAGUCUGAUCACAGAGCUCAACCUGUCGCACAACCAGAUGGCCAAACUGCCGGACGAGCUGGCCGAUCUGCACUCGCUGGAGGUGCUCGACAUCUCGCACAACUCCUUCAUCACGCUACCUGCCGUCGUGUUCAAGAUGCCCAAACUGCGGGAGCUCCGGGCCAACAACAACGCCAUCAUCGACAUCGACCGGGACGAGAUCAUCACGUCCGACUCGCUGGAACUGGUCGAUCUGAGACACAACCCGCUGACGCCGAUGUGUCACGAACUGCUCAAGAAUGCCAACGUUAGCUUCCGGAUCGAGCUGUCCGAGCGGGAAAAAGAGGACUGGGAAGAUCUGACGAUCUGAGGUUCGGCGACUCCCAAGCGGAAUUUGUCGUCAGCCGUCCUGCCCGGUCUCACCGCCAGUUAGCCAGUUAGGUUAGAUAUGUAUGUACGUACUUAAAAUGAGUAUUCUCAGUUAUCGCGUUGGUUCUCUUUUUGUAUACAUUCUACGACGAUCGUACCAGAAAUCUUAGUAGCGUUAAGGACAAACUCUCCCUAGAACGAACCCAUCCUGUUUAUGCAAUAGACUCGCUCAGAAGUUUCUUAAUUUAGUGAGAAUUGAGUGUUUUAGCUAGUAAGUGUUUAUACCAAAGGUGUUGAUUGGUGCCGAUAUCGACUGCGAAGAAUCGACAUCUUCCGAUUGUAUAAAAGAAAGCAAUGGCAAAAGGUUAUGACGACCAUCGGAAAGUUCUACGCAAAAUGAAUAGUUUUGAAGUUCUCAAGUUUUUCCAUGGAUGUACGAGAGUCUCCAAUACUCUUUUUGAGAAUGUAUUUUCUGUGUUAUAUGUGCAAUUGAUGUGUUAGGAGAACUCUCAUUAUUUUAUGGAGAAAUUUGAGAUUUUUAUAGAAGUGGAUAUUUUGUGAAUGAACGAAUAUAUUUUUGCUAAGGUCGUAUCAAAUAAGCUGCCGAAAUCAAUUGUAUUUAGUGACUGUAAUAUACUAACCCGUACUGUAUUAUAUGUAUCUUUGUGUGAAAUUAUCGCUAAGACGUAUACUGAAACAAAACUCAUGUACGUAAGAGAGGAGAAGGUACUAUUUGAUGAGGAAAAAUUUUGAUCUAGUCAUUCGAGAGGGGGUCUCUGAACAGGAUGCAGGUGAUUGAAAUGAUCAAAAUUUUUGUCAAAAACCGACAAAACGUGUCACGGCUUAUGUAUAAUUUAUAAGAAAUAACGUGAGUGAUAUUAUUUGUUAGAUAAGUGAGAAUGAUAUUUUUGGACGCAGAAAUGACUUCCAAUGUACGAAGUGUGUGUUGUUUAGCCGAUACAGAACAAAAAUGUGAUGUGCAAUAGCAAUAUCGAAUGAUUGUUUGGAACAAAAAUUUCUCCACAGAACGAUGAAUAAAACGUAAGAUGAUGGAA